AUGUUCUUCAUCCAUCUCCUCAAUAACUUUCUAUCGAUUAUAUUUCCAUUAAUUGUGUGCUACCUGAACUGUUUCAUUUUGAUCUCCAUUUUCUGUUACAAACGAAUACCUGUAAACCCGAAUAUGAAGCUCAUUUACUGCAAAUUUGGAAUCGACAUAAUCCAUAUGCUCUUUGCUUUGACUAUUGAAAUAUAUCACUUAAUCACUAGGUUUCGUGCUGAUUUGAUUACAAAAAGUACAUCAUUUCUUCUGAUUUGGCUUGCUUCAUCAAUUUCAAGCUUGAGAUCGACCCUGGCACUGUUGAUAUCUGCCUCGAGAUUUAUCGCUGUGUGUUUUCCCAUUUUUUUUUCAUAAAAAUCAAGAAAAAAUUUUGAAAUUCGAAAUGCUUCUUAUUCUUUUUCCUGAUGGCUUGUUGAAUCAAUUUCUUAUGUUUGGAUUAUGCGAGAACUCUAUAAAUACACAGUUAGAGUGUGAACGCUUUUAUUGUGCAAUCAACAGCUUUUACUAUUUUUACUGGCUCUUGCACGAGCAAUCUGUUUGUCUUUCAAACGUGGUGUUUUCUAUAAUUAUUUCCAUUCGAAUUCUCAUUUGCAAUUAUUGUUUAAACACGCCAACAAGUAAAAAGCUGUCUAAAGUGAGUUGUGGCGUGGAAAAAUUUAUCUAAUCAAAAUGUUUAAGCCUCGACCUUCAAGGGUAGUGUAGUCAAAAUUGUUUUUAUUGCUUAUCAGACUUGAAAUGUUCUAAAAACACAAUAUUGAAACUUCUUAAAAGCUUUUCAAAAAAAAAUUAUGGUGUCUUAAAGUUAUGUGACGUGGCGCCCGGAACUGCCGAAAUUGUGCAGGCUCGCGAAUACUUAAAGAUGGAGUAGUGCCAGUGGGGCUUUUGUCUAAAUGCACUUAUUAUGAUCCAAAACAACCGAAUAUCAUUAUAAAACACUUCAAGAAAUUUUAGAUUUUUCAUAAUUUCCGGUCAAAGUUGUGGAAAAUUUCCAAUUUUGGAAAAAUACGAGCUUUUGAGGAAAUUUAAAGAAAUAUCGCAUGUUUUGACCCCUACGAUUUUUUAAUACAAAUAAUUUAAACACAAUUACAGUAUAAAAAUGUCGAAAAAAAAAUUUUUUUUGGUCGACUUUCAAAAUUAUGAGUGGCAAAAACUGAGUAAUUGCCACUUUUUGACAGUGAAUAAAAAAUUUUCAAAAUUUGUUUGAAAAGUUUUAUCAUGAUAUUUGGUUAUUUUGGGACCAAAGAAGUGGAUUAUAACAAUUUCACCACUGGCGCUACUCCACAUUUAACAAAGAAAAAAUCUCGUAAAUCUACACAUUUUCUGUUUCUCCAAACGAUUCGAGGAAUUGCAACAAAUUUCAGGCUACUCGCAUUGCUCUUCUCGACGCAAUAAUUGUCUUAUUCUUUAAUAUCCUGACUUCAUACAUUUUUGUUCACUUUCCUAGUGUUGACUUUGAGUCAAUUGGACCGUUGGCAACAGUUACGAAAACAUUUGGAUUAGUGAUUGAAGGACUGAUAACUUGCCGUGUGUUGUUUGGUGAUACACAAAUCUCAUCCAAUGUUGCUUCAUGAAAAUUUGGUAGUUAUUUAAAAAAAAGUUAUUCGAUAAAGGCGAGCAAAAAAAUACACUGUGUUAUGUUGGCUCUGCACUUCUUUGUGGGUCAAUUGAUGUAUCACAAUGAAAUUUUGUAGCCGCACUCGUCCAUCAACCAAAAAAAGUCAAAAUUUUGCAGAUUCUCAUAAAAUCCUCGACUCUGGAGUCUGGCUACUUCCGAUCCAUCAUUGCCAACUCCGUCGCAAUUCCAAGUGUUUUUGAACCCGAUCAUCCUUUCAGGAAGUUUGCACUUUUCGAAUUCAAAACUCCCCGCUGUGAAUUUCAAUUCGACUGUGGACCGAAUUAUUUAACGUUUCAAAAGAAAUCUUUAUGA